AUGUCUGAAAUUAAGUCACCCAUUUAUUUAAUUGCUAGCGGCGAUUCACGUCUCUCCGCUAAUAAAAAAUGUUGGCCAGCUCAAGAAAAAUUGGAAAAUACUUUAAAAGAAGUUUUCGAGUCACUCGGUCAUAAAAUUGAACGUGCUCAUUCGUAUGACGAGAAAAAGCAGCAUGGUUUCAUUGAUAGUCAACGUUAUGGUAUGACAGUAUUUCAAAACAUUCCUGAAGACGCACCAUUAGUGGUAGCUGAAGCUGUGUGGCAAUAUACACAUCAUGUUCUUGCUGGUCUUACAACGCAUAGAGGACCAAUUUUAACCGUUGCAAAUUGGAGCGGUGAAUGGCCUGGUCUCGUUGGAAUGUUGAAUUUAAAUGGUUCGUUGACAAAAGCUGGAGUUCCAUACAACACUUUGUGGAGCGUUAAUUUCAAAGACGAUGAUAUUUUCCUUGAAAAAUUAAAAGAAUGGCUUAAAACAUCGAAAAUAACUCAUGAUAUAUCACAUGCAAAAUCGCUAGAUUUAUUUAAGUUGCCUCAAGAUGCAAACGACUUGGGUUCAUCCGUUGCACAGAACUUACUGAAAAAAAAAGCAAUCAUGGGUGUUUUCGAUGAGGGAUGUAUGGGAAUGUAUAAUGCCAUUGUUCCUGAUGAAUUAUUGCAUCGUAUUGGAAUAUUCAAAGAACGACUCAGUCAGUCAGCAUUAUAUCACGAAGUUAUGGAAACCCCGGAUGAAGAAGCACGACAGACUUAUACAUGGUUAAAACGAAAAGGCAUGCAAUUUGUUCUUGGAGAUAAUGAAAACGAUCUAACAGAAGAGCAGAUUUUAUUACAGUGUAAAAUGUAUAUAAGUGCCGUACGUCUCGCGAAUGAUUUUGGAUGCGAUCUGAUUGGAAUUCAGUAUCAACUAGGGUUGAAAGAUUUACUUCCUGCCUCGGAUCUUGCUGAAGGAUUGUUGAACAAUGUUGAUCGUCCACCGGUGCAGAAUCGCAAGAGAACACACGUUCUGUUUGAAAAUGAAGCUGUCGUCCAUUUCAAUGAAGUGGAUGAAUGUGCUGGUCUCGACGCUUUGAUAACAAAUCGGAUUUGGAAAGGUCUUGGUUUCUCACCUGAAACAACCUUACAUGAUCUUCGAUAUGGCGAAGAUUAUAAUGGUGAUUUCAUUUGGGUAUUUGAAAUUAGUGGUGCUGUACCACCCGAACAUCUAGAAGGUCAAUAUAAAGGAUCGACAAGUGAACGACAGCCGCCAAUGUAUUUUCAUAAAGGUGGUGGAAGUCUCAAAGGUGUUAGUAAGCCGGGUGAAAUUGUUUGGUCUCGUGUAUUUAUCGAAGAUGGUCGUUUAAAAGCUGAUAUUGGUCGCGCAAAAGUUGUUAAAUUACCUCGAGAAGAAACGGAGCGUCGAUGGCAGAUGACAACGCCUCAAUGGCCUAUCAUGCAUGCUCUUUUGUACGGGAUUAGUCGUGAUCAGAUGAUGGCAAAACAUAAAGCAAAUCAUAUUCAAGUUGCAUAUGCACCGAAUGCAGAAGGAGCACAAAAGGCGUUGGCAGCAAAAGCGGUGUGUUUUCGUAUGCUUGGCUUAGAUGUGAAUAUAUGUGGUACGGAGAGUGGUCUUGUUUAUUAA